CACUCCAAAUCUUUCCCUCAAUUUCUCCCAACUCCCACUACCUUUGGUAAAAAUUUCAACUUUCUUUUAUUCCCUGUUUCCCCCUCCCUCCCCAUCACUUCUAUAAAUAGCAUCCCCCCAAGCUCAGCACCUACCCACAUCCAAAAAACACUCAUCACUCCCACACUACUAACUUCUACACACAGAACCAAAAAAUGGAGAUGGGUUUCCCUGUUAUCGACAUGGAGAAGCUCAAUGGUGAAGAGCGAGACGCUGCCAUGGAGAGGAUCAACGACGCCUGCGAAAACUGGGGCUUUUUCGAGUUGGUGAAUCAUGGGGUAUCGCACGAGCUGAUGGACAGAGUGGAGAGGCUGACGAAGGAGCACUACAGGAAGUGUAUGGAGCAGAGGUUCAAAGAAAUGGUGGCGAGCAGAGGCCUGGACGCCGUUGAUUGUGAGAUCAACGACACAGAUUGGGAGAGCACGUUCUUCCUGCGCCACCUUCCCAAUUCCAACAUGUCGGAAAUCCCGGAUCUGGACGAGGAUUACAGGACCGCCAUGAAGGAAUUUGCUGCGGAGCUGGAGAAACUGGCGGAGCUGGUACUGGACUUGCUCUGCCAAAAUCUUGGGCUCGAAAAGGGGUAUCUCAAGCGGGCUUUUUAUGGGUCCAACGGCCCAAAUUUUGGGACCAAAGUUAGCAACUACCCUCCCUGCCCAAAGCCCGACCUUAUUAAGGGCCUGAGAGCCCAUACCGACGCUGGUGGGCUCAUCCUCCUCUUCCAAGACCACAAAGUCAGUGGGCUUCAGCUUCUUAAGGACGGCAAAUGGGUGGAUGUCCCCCCUAUGCAUCACUCCAUUGUCAUCAACCUGGGCGAUCAGCUCGAAGUAAUUACGAAUGGGAAAUAUAAGAGCGUGAUGCACCGGGUGAUAGCGCAGGCGGACGGAAAUAGGAUGUCGAUAGCGUCAUUCUACAACCCGGGAAACGACGCCAUAAUCUACCCGGCGCCGGCGCUGGUGGAGGGGGAGGAAGAAAAGAGCAAACUUUACCCAAAAUUUGUGUUCGACGAUUACAUGAAGCUCUACAUGGGGCUCAAAUUUCAAGCAAAAGAGCCGAGAUUUGAAGCCAUGAAGGCCAUGGAGUCCAGCAUUAGCAACCACAGUUUGGGUCCGAUUGCAACUGUGUGAGCCCUCCAAUUUGCAGCCCAAAACACACAACAAAAAGAAAAAAAAAAGGGUAAAAGAAUUUGGUCAGGUUUGUGGGUAAUUUAUUAUUAGAAGAAACAAAUUUUAGUGGUAUAUUAGUGGCUGAUGUUUCAGUGUUGGGGAACAGUCCGUAUUUUUAAUUUUUGCCUUUUGAAACAACAUGAUAGCCGUUUGGGAGCCAUGAAUAGUUUUAAAUAAUUGAUAUAUGUGGGGACUUUGUACUGUACUACGUGUGUCUCGUUUGUUUCUUAAAAAUAUAGUUAUUAUUGAGACUGGAUGAGUUUUGUAUA